AUUUCCCAAGCCGUCGUCCCCGCGGUAGCCGCGCCGUUGGUCCGCUCCGCGACUGCGCACUGGCGCUGCCCGGGGGCUCUCAGCUGGUUUUAGAACUUGCUAAAAAUUGUUGAAGAAGAUGGGAGGUGCAGUGAGUGCAGGAGAAGAUAAUGAUGAGUUAAUCGAUAAUCUGAAAGAAGCACAGUAUAUCCGAACAGAGCUGGUGGAGCAGGCAUUCCGUGCCAUUGAUCGAGCAGACUACUAUCUUGAUGAUUUUAAGGACAAUGCUUACAAAGAUUUGGCGUGGAAACAUGGAAAUUUUCAUCUCUCUGCACCAUGCAUUUACUCUGAGGUGAUGGAAGCUUUGGAUCUACAGCCGGGACUGUCGUUCUUGAAUCUGGGCAGUGGCACCGGUUACCUGAGUUCUAUGAUCGGACUCAUCUUGGGUCCUUUUGGUGUUAACCAUGGUGUGGAGCUUCACUCUGAUGUUAUAGAGUAUGCAAAGCAGAAAUUGGAUGUCUUCAUCAGAACAAGUGACAGCUUUGACAAAUUUGAAUUCUGUGAGCCCUCCUUUGUUACUGGCAAUUGUUUAGAGAUCUCUCCAGAUUCUACUCAGUAUGACCGUGUUUACUGUGGUGCUGGGGUACAGAAAGAACAUGAGGACUACAUGAAGAGUCUGCUGAAAGUUGGAGGAAUUCUCGUCAUGCCACUUGAGGAAAAGCUGACGAAGAUAACGCGCACUGGUCCUGCUGCCUGGGAAACCAAGAAGAUCCUUGCUGUUUCUUUUGCUCCUCUGAUUCAACCCAUUCAUGCAGAUUCAGGGAAAUCGAGACUUGUUCACUUGCCACCAAUAACUGUCCGCAGCCUACAGGAUCUGGCUCGCAUUGCCAUCCGAGGAACUAUUAAGAGGCUAAUACAUCAAGAAACAAUGAGCAAAAAUGGAAAUGGUCUGAAAAACCCUCCAAGGUUUAAACGAAGACGUGUUCGCCGCCGUCGCAUGGAAACCAUUGUCUUCUUGGAUAAAGAAGUCUUUGCCAGUCGUAUCUCAAACCCUUCAGAUGAUAACAACAACUGUGAGGAGAUUGAGGAGGAGAGGCGAGAAGAGGAGGAAAAGGGUAUCUCUGAACUGAAGCCAGACCCCCCUGUAAACUUUCUGAGAGAGAAGGUCUUGAGUUUGCCUUUGCCUGAUCCCCUGAAAUAUUACCUGCUUUAUUACAGAGAAAAAUAAGUUUCUUUUUCAUAGAAAGCAGAAAGGUAGACAUAAAAAUAAAAUACUUCUUAGGGCUUGACAAAUGUGUACCACUUGCUUGCCUGUUAACAUGACCACACAUGGCAGUAGGCUGGCUAGCUGGGGAAUGUGGCUGCUGUAUUCUUAAACAUCAUAGCUUUUUUUAAGUUUCCUCUCCUUCUUGGUUGUAUGCUAUAGUUUUAUCCUGCAGCAGUGUUCCCUUUUAAAAAGCAAGCUGAUGAAGUGCUCAGCUCCUUAGAGAGAAGGAUAUCAUUCCCUGAAAACUAACUACACAGAGAUAUCUAUUGAAAUCUCUUGGCUGCACUUUCACCAAAUUGCAGUUUUAAAUAUUCUUAGGCAGUGCUCUAAAGACUUCAUUGUCCAUGCUCUCCUACUAACUUUGACACAAAUGGAGUACACAUUUGGUUUCAUUUUUAAACGGAGAUAUUGAUAAAAUCUGACCUGGUAAACCUUAUUUGUUCCAGUAAUCUGCAAAAAACACAAACGUACAAAAUCAGACUUUUGUAGUACUUUGAGGUAUCCAGGUUUUGAACACCUAAACAAAGCACUGGCCACCUUUCGAUUUGUGGGUCUCAGGUUAGCUAUAAACCUUACCUUUUUUUAGAUUUGAGGGGAAGAGGAAUGUUUGGCAGGGAGUUGGUGUUUCCUUCACAGAAAACAGCUUGUUUUGUAAAAUCCAGUCUGAGGUGAGAUGCAAGCUAUGUAAGGUUUAAAAAGAAAUAAGGAGAGUGAAAUUAAUUUAGAGUUGCUAAACUGAUCAGCUGACUUUCAAAGAUUGCUAGAGUGAUCAAGUUUGUGGCUGUUUCCUCUGGCACCACUUGUAAAGUAAUUCUGAAAAAAUGGGUGAGAAAAGGACAAACCUAGCAAGGAGCUAAACUAAGACAGGUUCUGAUAGCGCAAUCAACAGACCUUAUAUGAGUUAGUGUGUGACUGCUGUGCUGAACAUCGUGUAAGGCAGGUAGUCUCAGGCAUUCCUAGCCUGAACUAAAGGAAGUAGCCAGUGUCCUGGGAAAUGAACCAAACUUUGUUUCUCAGAGGUUGCACAGAAAGUGGAAACAGUCUAGGAAGCCAAAGUGAGUGGUUAUGCUACUGACACAUAAUGCUUAAGUGCCCUGUUUGGGGCUCUGCUGUAGCAAGGAGACUGCAAUGCUGUUCACAUAUACCUUGUCCUUGUAGAUUAGCAGGAACUAGAUUUACAGCCUUACUAGUUCAUUUAAUUUUUGUUUGUUUCUUUAAGUAGCUUGUGUAGAAAGACUUUAUAACCUGCAGUUUCAUGGAGUAUAAAUUCUAAUCUUUAUUCUCAAGUCUUCCUGUAAUGAUGGUAGGAGGAGAUUUAUAUUCAUGUGUUGAGUGGAAGAUUGCUUGAUUAUUUUGGCCUGUUUGAAAAAAUCUGUGUACAGUAUUGGGGCCCGAAGGAAACAAUUGAGGCUGCAUUGAUUUGGAUCACUCAAAGGCUAACUACAUAAUAAUCCUAUCAGUAGAUAAUCCAGCUAUGUUAGAAGGAUAUUUCCUCAUCAGUUGCAGUUGGUGGGUUUGAUCUUGAGCUCAUUUGUAUGGUCUCCUCACCUUGCUAAGAGGAGUGAAUGAAGAUUGUUUUGCCAAAACACAUUAACCUGGACUUCGUUACAUGGUACCAAAUCACACAAUUUGCAUUGACUGAGUUGUGUGUUUUAAAUCUUGUGCCGCACUUUGAAAAUGUAGGAAUUAGUCUGUGUCUAAGCAAUGCUUUUAUGCUCACUCCCUUUUUAAAAGUCUCCAAAUACCCACUCUGUACUUGUGACAAUUAACAUGUCUUUUUCUAUAAAAUACAAUGUAUGGAUGUCCAAUAAAAUCCCUAUGAACUGCAUUUGUUGUGACCUCAGAGGAUAUUAUUUUUAACUGUUAAACAGUCAUGUUCCAUGUUUGUCAUAGAUAUAUGCCUUUCUCUCCAGUGGCAAGACAGUUUUUCACCCUUUUUCACGAUUUGGGCUACCAAUUCCCCCUCUUAUUUAUUAAUUGCAGGCCUUUCUACAGAUACCGUGUAGAAGUCUCCUAUUUUUAAAAUGGUCAAUAACAACUUGAAGUGGAUAUUUAUAUGAAUAAUCCUAUUUGUUGCUUCAGUUACUUUAUCUUUGCAUUUGGCACUGUUUGAUGUUUUUUCCUAUAACUAUAAAAGAUAUUUUGUCAGAUUUUCACCAGAUUUGCCUUUUUUAUUACAUUUGCUAGAUUUUGUAGGGCUCUUUAAAAUGCAUAGAAAAAUAUUUUUCCUGUGUAUGCCUGAAUACAGUAAAUAUACACACAAGCAGUUUGGGUUCUAGGUUGUCAGUGUCCCAUUGUCAAAAUAAAAAACAUGGUAGAAAGUCUAUAUGUGUAAUAUAACUGUGAAAUAGUGUGGUUUGUAGCCUGUAAAUAAAGGGGAAUUGUAAAUAUGAUUUUCCCUGUGCACAAGCACUUGCACUGUAGUUUAGUACAGUAGAUUUGUGUGUUUACUAGAUUAACUGUAGCAUACUGUUUUUUGUAUAGUCUAUACAUUUUAUGGAAAUAUUACCUGCUUUUCUGAUUAGUGUUUAUUUUUGUUUUCCAGAUAGUCUGCAUUUAAAAUGCACGUGACUUCUUUGUAGAUUUUGAUAGAAUAGUAAGUACAUAAGGAAACAAGCUUCAAACUGUUGAAAUCUUAAGUAUGCAAAUUGAAAAAUAAGUGUGUAAAGCAAUUUUUAUUGUCAUUUCUAAUCUCAUGAGGCAUGCAAAAAUGUCAAGCAAUUGAAAACAAUUUUAUUAAAAUGAGUGUUUCUAUAUCAAUAAAUGCAGUAAUGACUUUUUA